AUGUUGAUUUCCGUAUACACUUUAAGAGAGCGCAAUAAACAUUUCUUUUUUGCUUUCUUUCUUUCUUUUUUUUUUUUGAGUGUUUGGCAUGUUAGCGCCUGUUCCUCACAAAUCCUUCUCUCUUUUUUUCCUUUUCCAGCAGAAGAACAAAAAGGUUCCGUGCGUCAUGACACACGCACCUCCCUCCUUUUCUUUUUUCUGCCUCUUGCAAGCGUAUAA